UGCUUAGCCCCUUUUUGAAUAUCAAGCUUGUGCACAGGCCUCUCUCUUCCUUCUUGCUUCACACCUGCUAUUGACCCCAAGCCAAGCAAUGGCCUUGUUAUUUAUAAGGGGUGCGGCUAUGCCGUGUUCUCGGUGUAUGCGCGAAGUUCAUCUUCUAUACCGUCCAUAGUUGGCGGGCAAUUCGUCGUUCAUGCAUUUGGGACCGUUGUCGCUGGAGAUUGAACUGAGUGCUAGGCUUCCGCUGUCGGUCCGGCCCGGGUGAUGAAACUGAACGUACUUUGGUUAGUCAUUCUGCUUGUAUCGACUUCCGUUUGUCCCUCUGUUCCUGAUCCUUUCAAGCAUAGAAUGAGGCGAGUGGGGAUUGCCGGGUUUUAGGCUUAUAAAUCAUAGGGGGGAUUACUUCAUAAAGAAAUGCUUUCAAAAGGGAAAUGUGAAGUACUCUUACCGGGACGCCAGAUGAAGCAAAAAUCCUUUGAAUGAAUGCCUUAGUAAGGUAUCAUGCCUUUGAAAGCAAUUACCAUGUCGUCCGAAGGGGAUUCACUGUCAAUUCCUUUAAGGAAUGUCGGGAUGCUAAAGAAAUAUUGCCAUGAGACUAGUGCAAAGAAGUAAGAAUAAGUCAAAGUGAAAUCUGUUAAUGAAAUAUCUGUCUCGCCCUUAGCUUGCAAACAAGCCCUUAUAUAAAACAGGCGUCUAAGAAUAAGAAGUCCCUGCUUUGGCUCUUUCUCUAAGACCGUGGUUAAUAAGUUCCGUCGUUAUUCUUUUUUUGUGCAAAAGAAAUCCCGGGUUCCACUUUGAGUUUGGCGUCUAUCGUUGGUCUUUUCAAUUUCUUUAUUUGGCUCUUUGCUCAGGAUCUACGUCUUUUCCCACUCGUCUUUACUUUGGGGGCGGACCAAGCCCUUCAUAUGGUCCAGCCCGAUGGGGCAGGUAGUUCCGGUGGAGAAGGUCCAUCAGGCUACUACUCACCUCCUCCUUCGAUCUCCACCCAGGGAGAAUCAUGGAUUGAUAGAGUCUUUGGUGGAACGGGGGGUGACGAGGCAAGCAGUGCCCCACCCGCAAGCGUGGAUAAAGCGGGAGGCGCCGGCCAUAAAAACAAUAGCAAUCCGCCCCUCAGAGAGAGGGGAGACUCGGUAGAUGUCUUACUGGCAAAUCUCCGCGCGUUGCGGGAACAGGAUAUAUCAGACGCCUGCUCGCAAGAGCAAUAUCACAUUGUCGCUGGGACGCACGCUAUAUUGGAGCGGGCGGGAAUCGUCCUACAGGAUCCAAAUUCGAGCGUGCAGUGAAUAUUGCCAUGACGGGUCAGGAGCAGGAGAAGAGCGCUCUGGCCGAGACCACAUCAAAGGAACUAAAGCUUUCACUGACCCCACAGGCCUUUUUGCUAUCACACAAGAAGAAUUCCUUAUUGCCAAUGAUGCUAACCAUACCUCACUAGCCUUAGCUGAGUGAAUAGAAAGAUGAACAUAGCAUAGUAAGUAGUGAGACCUUAAAGGCCUAGUACGACCAGACAGAAGCAGAAUCCUAGUGUUCCCCCAGGGAUUGGUCAUUCAUGAGCCUUUAUAGAUCAGGCCAAAAGAAAGAGUAGCGGUGACAAGUAUACGCCAGCCCCGUCAAGCAAUGCUUUCGCCCUGUCCAACUCUAUGCAAUUGUGAAUCUCGACUUGAUGAGAAAAGUCUUAAGAUAGAUCGUAGUCAAACAGGGCAUCCCUUUACUCUCUACCGGCUGAUGCAAGAAAGUAGACAGGGUCAAACGAGACUGAGCUUUUCUAUCAGCAGCUCAACCUGAGUACUUUGGAAAUAAAUCCCUCUCGCCAAGACUAGUUCUCUUAGCAGUAGGAGUCGACCCCAUAUAAAGUUCUGACCAUCUAUCAGAGCAAAACGAAUGAAUUGGCGCAUUACCCCGAGAUUGUUCCCUUUCUUCCGGAAACGGAUGUUUUAGCGUGGGUUUAUGGCUCUUUUCGUUCCGUUUUAAGAAAGGCCAAGAACUUGAUCUUUGUUUUCGUUGUUGAAUCUUUCAAUAUUCCGAAUCUAAAAAAUAUCUUGGCUGUCCAUACAUAUUAUCUCUCAUUUCAUUAAUGUAUAUAUUCUAAUAUCUACUUUAGCAUUUCCCAUAUAAAAUAGAAUAUAUGAUAUAUGCGAUUUGAUGUUUAUUAUUUCAUAUUUUAUCAUUGAUCAUUUCAUAUAUCAUAAUAGAUAGAUUCUAGGAUAGAGAUAGAUCUAUAUAAUAUAUCUCUAUAUUCUAGAUAUAGAUAGAUUAUAUCAACAGUAAAAACUAACAUCUUUCUUGAGACUUAAACUAAUAAGGAAUGAAUGAAAAUUCGGGAUGGAAUCCACUAUUUACAGAAAAAAGGAUUGAGUUAUUAGAGAAUAAUAAAUAUAGCGAGAAGUUCAUUCUUCGUCACCGCAGUGAAUAUAAUAGAGCAAAUACAAUUUAUUCAUUCAAAUAUAUGAAAAAAGAAAUCCACUUGGUUUCAGACUUGGUACAAACCAAGGCCAUUAUUCACUUUGUCAAAACCGUCAUGACUCAAUCAUGUAUAGGCUAUCGUAGAUCGGCCUUUGCCAGGAAGUCCCAUAAACCCUCGGAGGUCAAGACACCAGGAAGAACUGCCGCUCGCUACGUUCCCUCUAAGAGUGAAGGGCAGAGAGUUCUGGUCUCUCUUCUUGCGCAUAGGACUUCUUUAUUUCAUAGCCAGAUAGAUGGAACUCUGAUUAAGAAGGAAUUGAUUCCCCUCCUAUAUAGAACAGGCUCGUAGGCAAUUCAAACAUUUGGACUCCUGCGUAUCCUUUCAAAAGAAGGAAGCUCUUCUUCUCAAGGCAAAGGGAUAUUUGAUAAUAAAGUAACCUAUUCGCUCAAGAGCAAAAAAAGAGCUAAAGGUAUAGGCUUCAAUCAAAUAAGUAUUUCUACUUCAUUAACGAAUUUAUAUAACUUGCCUUAGGUAUUGAAAACUCACUUCUUAGCUAGCACUUGUGCCAGGAAAGAAAUGAAUCUAUCAGCGCCUUAGACCCCUUAGAUAGAGUGAAAGGAAAGAACGAAUUCUUAAGAUAAGCUAUUCCCUUUAAGGGAAAGAGAUCUAUCUAUUACUGAAGCCCCAAUGGACUCAACUUUCUCCCAACGGAAGAAAACACUUCCCUGCUACUAGGCUAGCUGAUUAUCUAGUCUGGAUCUUUAUAAGGUAUAUUAUAUCGGCUCCAUCGAAAGCGGAAGGAUUCCAAUUUGAUGACGGCCUAAUCAAUUUCAAACCUAUCUUUCUUUCUCGCCUGAAGGCACAGGCAGGCCUAUCUCAUUGGUGGUUCAGGAUCAACGGAUGCCUUAGUAAGCUACUGGAGCGAAAGGAACAAAACAAGUGAGGAUGCUCGAGGUCCAAACUCAAAAUAAGUCCUUGUUGCAGGCUUCAUACAAUUGAACUUAUUUAGGAGCCCGUAAUAAAUCAAUAAAAGCAGUUCCAGCAGCAAUCCCUUGCUUUCGUACCAUGGCUGUAAUUUACUUAUAGAGUACAACAGCCGAUUCCAUAGGCAUUCUGGCUUGAUGAAUGCUUGAAAAAUCCCUUCCUUCUUUUUGGCUUAUUCAACAAACGGUAUAAGACUUAUCUAAUAUCACUACCGCACUAUCUAUGUCCUAUUCUUAGACUCUUAUACCUGCUCCGAUCGGAGAUGAAAACAAGAGAGAAGGAGCUGCUAUUGAAUCCGGUCUUAGAUGGUUGGAAGACAGAAGCAAUAGCAUGAUAGGAAUAGCAGGUUUAAUAGAGAUGACAUCACAAUAGGAUGAAGACGAGACUUCUUAUCUGCUUUCACGUGGAAAUGGGAGAAUGUAAAAAUUCCUUUGAAAGGCAACUAGUGAGAGGGAUUACUUGCUAACGUCCCUCAGGGAUUGGACAACAACUAGGCUAUUAGCAAGAAUAGGUUUUGCAAGUGAAUCAGAAUAAGAGUUAGCAGGGCUAGGCUCCCUCUCCUUGGGCUUGUUGGCCUAGCUGUUGGUUUUUUCCGGUGCUAGUGAAUCAGAUGUUUGAAGGCAAAAUGCCACAGAAGGAAGAGAAAUAGCUGUUCGCAAGGGAAGUGACAUAGUUAGUGGAAAUGG